AUGGGGGGAGACGAGUCAUUACAGAGGGCAAACCUCAAGGAAGGAACAUCAUCAGAAGAGCAAAACGAAACAAUAGAGUGCAAGGAAGGAGUAGCCCCGGUUCCUUUAAAAGAGCGUCAGUUUCUCGAAGAUCAAAGAACGUCCCGAAAAAUGAUGAUGGGCUCUGUAGAUUAUAAAGCAGUUCGUCAACAGAAAAAAAUUGAAUGUAGAAAAUACGCAGAAGAAAUUAGAAAGAAUGAAGCAACAGUCGUUCAAAAACAAAAUUCCGUGUUAGGACUAAAAAAAAUUUCGAAGACAGUAAUAUUUCUUCUGAUGAGUUCAGAAACAAUUAAUAAAAUGAAAAUUCCUGUGCUCGCCGAAAUACUUGACCGUUAUGCCAUUUCCGAUAGAGCUGGUGCUGCCAUAGCUUCGGCAGUACUUCAAGACUAUGGUUUAGUAAGUGACAGAUCUAGUGAGAAUGUUAUUGACCGUCAUAAAAUAAGAAAGGCAAGACAGAAAAAUAGAAAUAACUUACAAACAGUUUCCAAUUCAAUAUUAAAACGAGGGCUUUAUUUCGAUGGACGGAAAUAUAAAACGCUUACAUAUUCAGAAAACAGGAAAAGAAUGGUAACGGAAGAACAUGUCGUUUUAAUAGAAGAGCCGGACUCGAAAUAUAUUGGUCACAUAUCCCCGAAAUCUGGAAGUGCUUUAAGUAUUUUAAAUGCUAUUACAGAGUUUUUCGAAAAACAGUCAAAUGCUUUAGAUUGUUUAGAAGUUAUUGGGUGUGACGGAACAAAUACUAAUAUUGGGAAUAAAAAUGGCGUAAUUACCAAAUUAGAGCGAAACCUAAAACGACCUCUUCAAUGGUUUGUAUGUAUGUUGCAUGCAAACGAGCUUCCGUUGCGACAUCUUUUGCAACAUCUCGAUGGAGAAACCACUGGUCCCAGAGCGUUUGGAGGUUCAAUUGGAAAAAGUUUAAGCAGCUGUGAAAAAUUGCCAAUCGUAGAGUUUUCCAAAAUAAAUGGUGAAUUGCCAGUAAUUUCAGAAGCAGAACUGAGUACGGAUCAAAAGGUGCAAAACACCUUUUUAAGAUGGUUCAAUUUACCAGAAGACUUGAAAUGUCUAGUCCAUAAAGUAAUAAACCGAAACAGGUAUUUCGGCCAUCCUGAAAAUGUAUUGCUUUGUAUGUUAUUUGAUGAACGCCUACAUAUACGAAGGCUAGCAUAUCUGAAGAUUAUGAAAGCUAGAGCCAGCGAAGCUCCUGAAAAUGAAAUUCGUUAUUUUUCUAUUCCUUCUUUUAAUUUUGAUGCUAAAGAUUACUACGAAUUAGUCGACUGGCAAAACGUAGUUUGGAGUGAACCACCCAUUACCACUAAGCUGACAAAAGAAGACUUAGAAGAAGUUGUGCAAUAUCCAGAAUCUUCAGCAAUAAGCUAUGUUAGGAAUUAUCCUUGUCAUUCACAAGCAGUAGAACGAGCAGUUAAAUGUGGUAACCGAGGCAGCUGUUACUGUUUGUGGUUACGAAAGAAGAGACGGGGUAAUUCGAAGUAAAUUACACUCCAGAACUCUAAUGCCGAAAUUUGAAACAAAAAAAGAUUUUAAAAUCAAAUAAUUUCUAUUUUAUGUUUUAUCGUUUAUUUUGUGAAUUUAAAUAAAUGUUUUGCAAAUACAAUUUCAGUUUUUAUUUAAAAAAGUCUAUGUUUUUCACCAACAAAAUAUUCGAGUCUUGGAGUACUACUGUAGUUGGAUUUUUUAAAGAAGUACCCAUUUUAGGUGUACUGGGGUGGAAAGGAUCGAUAUAUGAUUUGAAAAAAAAAUGGAAAAUUUAUGGCAUUAGGAAAAAUCUUUCCAUAGUACGGACAAUGCAGUUUAAAAAAAAAUAUUUUUUUUUUGAGUUUGUGGCGGUGGAAGGAGUCGACUUAUAAUUCGGAAAAAAUACGGAUAACUAACUUAUGGCAAUAUGAUAAGACUUUUCAGUAUACG